AUGAUCGUCAACUGUAUGUUCGGCGUCUUCACCUCAACAUUCUGUCUCACCGAGUAUGGAGGGAAACCAAUGUACUUCAUCUGGGUGUGCGCAAUACACUUCGCAUUCACUGGGCCCUUAACAAUCCUCCCCUUAAUAGCGAUGGAGACGUUCGGCAGCAAGCACUUCUCCGUUAACUACGGCCUUCUCAACACUACAGCGGUUGCCUUCAGUUUUUUCAUGGCGUUUUUCUCCUCACAUGUCAAAGAUACCAUAGGCUGGCAUGGGAUCUAUUUACUUGCGGCUGGUUUUCUCGUCAUUAGUUUUGGGUUUUCUUCAGUCGUCUUUUUCAAGAGGUUUCAGAGAUGACAGUGACACUGUUGACA